GCCAGCUUCUCGGUUCCCUGCACUCUUCCUCAUUCCCAGGGUCUCGGAGACCAGAGGGAGAAAUGGAGUGAACGUUGCCCUUGCCGGCCCGCCAAAGAAUGAAGAGUUGUCAUGGGGAUCGGCAUGAGCAAGGUGGUGGAGGGCCUUUACCUUGGGAGCAUUAGUGAUGCUGAAGACAAAGAGAACCUGAUGAAACAUGGGAUCACCCACAUUCUUUCGGUGCACAACAAUGCCAAGCCUCUGCUGGAAGGCAUGACCUACCUCUGCAUUUCAGCUUCGGACUCCUCCAAUCAAAACUUAAUACAACAUUUUAAAGAGUGCAUCAGGUUUAUUCAUGAAUGUAGACUGCAUGGUGGAGGCUGUCUCAUUCACUGCUUAGCUGGAGUUUCUCGCAGCACCACGAUUUUGGUGGCCUACCUGAUGACGGUAACCCACCUUGGCUGGAGAGAAUGUUUGGCUGCUGCCAAAGUUGUCCGUUCCUACGUGAGCCCCAACUUUGGCUUCCAGAAACAGCUUCAGGAGUACGAAGCUACGUUACUGCAGGAGUACCGAACCUGGGUCCAGAUGGAAUAUGGCAAGAACCCCCUCCCUGACCAAGAGGAGCUACAGCGGUUGCUCUCCCCCAGAGAAGAGAAAGUAAAUGAGCCACCAAUAGAACUCGGAGAAACCAAGUGGAACGGUACUGCUCCAGGCCCUGCCAACCACCAGCCACACACCAGAUAUGGUGACAGCAGCACCAGCGGCCACCACCAAGGAACUAACCGAUAACUAGAGGAGCAUUUGGAAAGAAGCUUUUUAGCUUCUACUUUUGAUCAAUAUGAAGAGGUUGUUG